UUCCCCUAAACUAGACACGCGGACACACAAACUAAACUAGGGUUUCUCUCAUCUCUCAUUUGGUCCGCCUCUCAUCCUCUGCUCUCUCUCUAUGACGACUUUCAGGCCUCUCUCUCAGAUCUCACCAGAUCUGUGAGGAUUUCACCAGAUCGAGAGGGUUUGCCAUUUCAUCCAUCUCCCUGUUUCUCUCUCAAAGAAGAUCUAGGGUUUCUCUAGGCGGAGCCGAGCCACUGGCUCACUGCGACCUCGUCGGCGGUUUGAUACUUCCAUGGAACCAAAUAGUCCGAGCCGUGUAGGCUGCUCAUAUCACCAAAUCCGGAUUCAGUGACACUCUUUUCGUUUUCAGGAGUGAAGAACAAGCAGAUCCGGUAUCCUGUAUGUUCGUAGACCUCAUAUCACCCCGGUAUGUAUUUGGUAUUUUUGUAGAGCUAGGGUUUUUUGUAUUUUUCAGAUCCGUAAAAUGAUGAUUUGGGAAAUACAAAUCAAUGCCGAACUUGAUUUCGUUUUCCUCAGGUUAACUUUUUCUCUGUCUGCAUGUUCACCGAGUUUUGUGUCAGAUUUGUGUCUGUAAUGUUACGAUUUUGUUUAAUAAUGUGUGAUAGUGAAUGUACAGGUGCAGAUCUGGAGUUUUGAUGCUUUAGUAGAUUUUGAGAUUAGAACGAAAUUAGUGGUUGAAUUUAUUGGUUGAAUUGGUUCAAUGUCUUGUUGAACAAUGUUUAAAAAGAGGAUUAAGUGAAUUUAUUGAGAAGUUUGAAUUGGUUAGUAUGAAAUGCUUGCUGCUUAAAAAUAGAAAAUAAAAAUCAUGAUCCUCUUUUUAGACAUUGUUCAACAGGACAUUGAACACUUUGACAAACAAAAACCAUUGUCUUGUCAACAAAGUGAUGGCAGAAUUAGCAGCAGCCAAAGUGAAAUCAAUCUUCAUAUAUCCAAUAAAAUCCUGCAGGGGCAUCUUUGUCUCAGAAGCACCCUUCUUUUCCACUGGGUUUAGAUGGGAUAGACAAUGGAUUGUUGUGAAUUCCAAAGGUAGAGCCUGUACACAAAGAGUGGAUCCAAAGUUGGCUUUAGUUGAAGUAGAGUUGCUUCAGGGUGCAUUUGUUGUUGGUUGGAAGCCAAAGAAGGGGUCUCACUUAGCUGGGGGGUACGGUUAAGAAUUCGCUGCUUGCUGGUUCACAUAAAUGGAUGGAUUUAGUGGUAACAAUGGAGUCAUUGUUCUUGCUGCUACCAACAGACCUGAGAUUCUUGAUUCGGCUUUUCUUAGACCGGGGCGGUUUGACCGACAGGGUGUCAAAGGAUUCUAUGCUCCCGCUCUUGGUGGGAUCUUGUUGUCAAUUGGUUUUAAGCUUUCCAUAGAAGAUUUCGCUCUUGCUUUCAAAAGGCCUUUACCAUUAUCCAUGGGGUUUCUAGCCCAAUACGCAUUAAAACCGGCUCUCGGUGUAUUUGUGGCUAGAUCAUUCGGUGUAGCUCCCAUGUUCUAUGCAGGAUUUGUGUUAAUGGCGUGUGUUUCGAGUGCACAGUUGUCUAGCUAUGCUAGCUUCUUGAGCAAAGGGGAUGUAGCUUUAAGCAUUUUGUUAACCAGUUCAAGUACCAUCGCCUCUGUUCUUUUCACCCCUCUUUUAACUGGUCUUCUCAUCGGUUCCAUUGUCCCUGUUGACGUUAUCGCAAUGUCUAGAUCAAUCUUACAGUCUCAUCCAUGGUUAGCAGAUGUAGAUAGAGAACUAUGCAGACUCAUGGACUGCAAAAAACUAUCAUUAGAAGCCUGCACACACGCCGCACAGAAUGGAAGUUCUUUUCUUCGAGCAGUUGCAGCUCAGGACCUCUAUCGCCGGCUGUUUCUUGGUCUCGGACAAUCUUGCAGACGGGUCGAGACAGUUUAGAAGUGGGUUAGGUGCAGCAUCAGAGGAGGGCGGUUGGAACACGGUUGGAACGCAGCGUUGAUACCACUGCACCUACAUUUGCCACCACCGGUGUCCUCUUCACGAAUAGCCACCACUCGCCGUGACAACCACCUGGAACUGUCGCCGUUUGUUCGAAUCACCUUCUUUCACUGUUCGACACAACCGCCGGCGACUAUCCAUUAUUCGAGGUAGGUGUGCAUGCUGAACAUGGUUACUCGAGAAGCCUGGCUCGAUUUGCGGCUAAUAUGGGCCCCGUUGUCUGGGAAAUCGCGUCAAAGAAAAUCAGAAAAGCUUUGCUGCCAGGUGUCACGUUCGGUCCUGGUGUUGUUGGUGAACCCGAACCUCCCGCCCCAUCUAUAUCAUUUUUGCCAUCUGAAAAUUACAGUUAUACCCCCAGGUUAGCCAGUAACGAUAUUCUAAACAAACCCGAAACCCCAUCCACUUCAGGACCAAAAUCUGAAGAUUCUGAGGUAAAAAGUAACAAAACCGUACCCCACAUAGGUAAAAACGGUUUUAAUGAUGACCCAAGGAGUUAUCUUUCAAAACGUGGUACAAUUGAUGAUGCACAAGGUACAAAAGGUGAUACGAGUAAUCCUGAAAAUCCGUCAUGCCAGCAAGUACCAUCAAUGAACCACAGACAGUUUACAGUUCCGGUUCCACUGGACCUAAAUGUUGGGGUUCAGGACCAUCUGUCUCACCAGGAUACCUUGGACUGAAGAUUGGUUCACCUCAGCAGCCGGAUUUAGCGUUGCAGCUCUGAGUCUGUGUCGGCUCUUGUGUUUGGGUUAAGGAGGUUGUGGGUCAUCUGGUAAUGGAUGCAAGUUAGUCUAUAGUGUAGGAAACUGUGUACAGAUUAAGGAUCUCCUUGUAACUUUGUACUCAAGAUUGAUUGUAGUAUGAUGAACCUGAACUAGAAAUAAAAAACACCAGCAUUGUUUUUUUUUUUUCUGACAUUUUUUUGGCAUAAGUUGUUGUAUGUAGGGAACCUUGAAAAUUUCACUUUGAUGUACUAUACUCUUUAAAACCUACCCUUUAAUGCAUCUUACAUUCAAGGUUA